CUCAAAAAAAGGGGUCGACCGCGCAAGGACAAUGACAGUCUUGCAGAAAUCCCGGCAGAGGAGCGGCGUCGCAAUCAAAUUCGGUUAGCACAGCGUGCUUUCCGUGAACGCGAGAAGGCCGCGUUGUCGCAAAGCGACGCUCGAAUUAGCCAGCUGCAGACAUCACUCAUGACAAUGCACAGUAUGAUAACCUCUUUCGGGCAGGAUUUGUCUAAGAGCGGGGCACUCGCGCUGCAUAGCGAUCUUCAUCUGAAAUUAUGCAGCCUCCUGGCAACUUGUGAUGCACUGGCUGAAGGCUACGAGAAACUCUCGGCUGGAAAUCUCCUUUACCCUGCCGUGCAUGACCAGGAAUUAAGAGACCCUGUAGACCCAUGGGUCAAGCCAUGUCCAGGUGAUUUUCGUGCUCAAUCGAUUCGAAUAUUGCAUAGCCACUCAUCGUCAUCACCAUCAACAACCGUCUUAGCCUCCCUUCCCGAGCUCUCCCUUCCUGCUCACAUUUUCACCCCACUGAAGUCUAUCUCACGAAUACAAUUAUCGCAGUUUGUUCAUCAAGUUCGGCUGGGAUGUGCACAUUACGCCCUCUCGUCCUUGCAAAAUCCCGCCAUUACGACAGAUCAACUCCGCAACAAGUUCCGCUUCCUACUCAGUCUUAUGAGCCGUGAAGAUUUGACAUCAUAUUUCGAAGCCUGCGUGCACUAUCAUGAACACCCCGAGCGUAUGCUUAAGUUCGAACGGCUUCCCUUCUUUCGCCUUGGUGGCGCCGGCACUCACUUUCCCGCCGUACCCUUUCCAAACGACAACCACUGUGCCCCCGUCCACAACGAUCCCUUGCAAGAACUUCCCCCAGAUAUCCAACGCCACCUGCAUGGGAAGUGGUUUGACAGUAGCGAUCUAGAGGGUCUUUUGCGAGAACGGAAAAUCCAUCUGUCAGCAUACCCGCCUUCGAAAGGCGCACAACUUCCAUCGACUGUCAACGUGGUCAACGCAUCGAUUUUGAUCAAGUAUCUUGUUCGUACGAGUAUCUGCCUUGGUCGUUCGCCUGGUUGGCGACCGAGUGAUGUAGAGAGGGCCUUGCAGAUGUCCUCU